CAGAGGAGCUCUCAUCCAGAUCGGUGCCAGACGCACGGUCGACUUUUUGUUUUUGCGCGAGUUUUACUACGUUGUUGUUUAGUUUUUAAAAUUAACAUUCACCUUGGCGUCAAGUUUGAAGGGUUUUUUAAAAGUUUGUCGCUGAUUUUUACGCCUGUUUGGAAUAUCUAGUGUCGUUAAAGGUGGAUCAACGGUACUUCACGGCGCGCAGAAAUCAUCUUGAAAAAGUUCGCCCAGGAUUGUUUCUUUUCGCCGCAGGAGAGCUCAGCAGCACGGAGCGCUUCAAGAGAAAAAACUUGUCAGUGCGACUUCGUCUGGUGUGUUUUUUUUAAUUGAGCCGUCCCAGAAAUGGUGGGGCACCUACAUUUACAAGCGAUGGAUGAUAGCCUAAAAGGAAAGAACCGGGAAGGGCUGCUCGACAGUCCGGAUUCGGGUUUGCCCCCCAGUCCCAGCCCGCCCUUCUGCUCAAUUUCUCCGGGUCUAAUCGAGUCGCGCUCAGGCAGCUGCACGACGCCCGUCGAAAGCCAUCAUGGAUAUUAUAAAAAGGAAAGCAGAGAAGGCAAACUGCUGCCCUACCUGCUGCUGAACUCCACAGGGACAGACCCAAAGACUCGCAUGCACCCUGUGUUCUUUGGAGAAAGCAUCGAGGUGAACCCCAAACCAGAGCAGGAAAUCAAGUGCAACUCUGAGGUCAAGUAUGACUCCGACAAGCAUUACCGCAACGGGGUGUACUGCGCCCCCGUUCCCACAGCCACCUCUUUCAGUGAGACAGUGGUGGCGGUGCGGAACUGUACUUGGAGAAGCUACAAGUCCCAGGUGUACCUGGAGCCACGGCAGAAGCCCAUCAGCUACCAGAGCACCACCAUCAUCUACCCGAAACACGCCAAGAACACUUACCGCACCACGCUCAACUACAACGCCACGGGCUCCCGCCGCUGGUUUGUCUCCACUGUGCAGCUGGAGUCGAGUGAGGAUACUAGUCCCUGUAUCAUCUACACAGAGGACCUGUAGGCUCAGUCUGGUCCAGCCUGCAUAGCGAGAGGGCUACUUGGUGGUCAUCGUAUUUUUUAAAAUUUUAUUUUAUUUUUUGGAGGAGGAGGAACUUGGGAAAGCCCAUAUUGAAAGGGAAAUACUUCAACUGAUACCUGGAGCCCCUAAAACCCUGCUCUGUUCAUCUUUAUUUGCCAUGGAGGAAACUCUGGGAACCCUUUAGUGACAUUUUCCCCUGAGUGUAUUUAGACUUUCUACUGAUGCAGCCUUUAAAAAUGGGAGGUGGUCUUCUGGCAGUUUAGAGCUGCACGUCAAUGGUUAAUGUCUUAUUUAAAACAAGAGCUGACAAAUUGGUGGCCUUUGCUCUCCUUCAGGUUGGAUUUUGACCUCAGUGAAGGUAACGAUUAGAUCGUAGAUGUGCAUGUAGGGAAUGGUCGAGAUGACACCUGUGGUGGAUUUCAGUCGAGCCUGCGCAAACCCAGUUACACCAAUGCAAAGCUUUCUAAUAUGGCUUUAUUGCACUUAUUUUCUAUGUAUCACAGUCCUGUUUGUGGACCUGGUAUUGCGGGGGU